AAGUUAGAAGUUUUCUGACUCCUCUCGGAGGAGUCUCCGGGACCCCAGAGAGUAACAGGUGUCUGAAAGCUAAAGGGUGGAGGGGUUCCAGGACUUGGAGUUCUCUUGUAAAACUCCCCUCCACCCUCCUCUCUCACACCCACCCAUCCCCUCAACCCCUUCUUUUUCCGUCCUUGGAAAAUGGUGUCCAAGCUCACGUCGCUCCAGCAAGAACUCCUGAGUGCCCUGCUGAGCUCCGGAGUCACCAAGGAAGUGCUGAUCCAGGCCUUGGAGGAGUUACUGCCGUCCCCGAAUUUCGGGGUGAAGCUGGAGACACUGCCCCUGUCCCCCGGGAGCGGGGCGGAUCUCGACACCAAGCCGGUUUUCCAUACUCUCACCAAUGGCCACGCCAAGGGCCGCUUGUCUGGGGACGAGGGCUCAGAGGACGGCGACGACUAUGACACUCCUCCCAUCCUCAAAGAGCUCCAGGCGCUCAACACCGAGGAGGCCGCGGAGCAGCGGGCCGAGGUGGACCGGAUGCUCAGCGAGGACCCGUGGAGGGCUGCCAAAAUGAUCAAGGGAUACAUGCAACAGCACAAUAUCCCCCAGAGGGAGGUGGUCGAUGUCACAGGCCUGAACCAAUCCCACCUCUCUCAACACCUCAACAAGGGCACCCCCAUGAAGACCCAGAAGAGAGCUGCCCUGUACACUUGGUACGUCAGAAAGCAACGGGAGAUCCUCCGACAGUUCAACCAGACAGUCCAGAGCUCUGGAAACAUGACAGACAAAAGCAGUCAGGAUCAGCUGCUGUUUCUCUUUCCAGAGUUCAGUCAACAGAACCAGGGGCCUGGGCAGUCGGAGGACACCUGCUCCGAGCCCACCAACAAGAAGAUGCGCCGCAACCGGUUUAAAUGGGGGCCCGCAUCCCAGCAAAUUUUGUACCAGGCCUACGACCGGCAAAAGAAUCCCAGCAAGGAAGAGAGGGAGGCCUUAGUGGAGGAGUGUAACAGGGCAGAAUGUUUGCAACGAGGGGUCUCCCCUUCCAAAGCCCACGGCCUAGGCUCCAACUUGGUCACGGAGGUCCGUGUCUACAACUGGUUCGCAAACCGCCGGAAGGAAGAGGCGUUCAGGCAGAAGCUGGCCAUGGAUGCCUAUAGCUCCAACCAGACGCACAACCUGAACCCCCUGCUCACCCAUGGCUCCCCUCACCAUCAGCCAAGCUCCUCUCCACCCAACAAGAUGUCAGGAGUGCGCUACAACCAGCCGGGAAACAAUGAGGUCACUUCCUCUUCGACAAUCAGUCACCAUGGUAACAGUGCCAUGGUGACCAGCCAGUCGGUUUUACAGCAAGUCUCCCCAGCCAGCCUGGACCCAGGCCACAGUCUCCUCUCACCUGACAGUAAAAUGCAGAUCACAGUGUCGGGAGGAGGACUGCCUCCCGUCAGCACCUUGACGAAUAUCCACAGCCUCUCCCACCACAAUCCCCAGCAAUCUCAGAACCUCAUCAUGACCCCCCUGUCUGGAGUCAUGGCCAUUGCACAGAGCCUCAACACCUCCCAAGCCCAGGGUGUCCCGGUCAUUAACAGUGUGGCUAGCAGCCUGGCAGCCCUACAGCCCGUCCAGUUCUCUCAACAGCUGCACAGCCCUCACCAGCAGCCCCUCAUGCAGCAGAGCCCAGGCAGUCACAUGGCCCAGCAGCCCUUCAUGGCCGCGGUGACUCAGCUACAGAACUCCCACAUGUAUGCACAUAAGCAGGAACCCCCCCAGUAUUCCCACACCUCCCGGUUCCCAUCUGCAAUGGUGGUCACAGAUACCAGUAGCAUCAACACUCUCACCAGCAUGUCUUCCAGUAAACAGUGUCCACUGCAAGCCUGGUGAUACUCACAUAACCACUCACUCUGUGCACAGCAACAAGGACCCCAUUUUCCACACCAUCAGUCUCUGGGGAAGUCCAGCAACCAGACAGGCACCUGGGAGCCCAGGAGAGGGCCCUGCUCACCUGACAUCCUGCCAGGCACCUCAGAUAAGCCGUUCCCGAGAGCUGCAGCCCGAAGCCCAGCUUCCCUUCUUUGCAGUAUUGUCAUGAUGGCUCUCCCAAGAUGCCAAGUGCUCUUGUGUCCCCCAGAGGCGGGCCUGCUGCGGAAUGGUGCAACGAGAAGGGAGAAACCCGUGGAGUCUCCCCUGCAACCCAUCAUCGAACAAACUGAUGCAAAAACUUGAAUCUGUUACUGAAAUAAGAUGAGGACCAAGGAGGGUGUGUGCUAAUGAACUGAGCCAGACACUGUAAAUACUGACAGACCCCCCUCUCCCAUCCCAGAUGAUCUCAAGAUUUCUUCUAAAGAAGUAAAUUUGUCCAAUGGGUGUAAACUAUAAACUACUGUAAUUAAGUGCAAUUUUCCUUCCACGUUAUCUACCCCUGCCCUGUAUAUAAUACUAAAGUGUCUAUCACUUUUCUUUGUAAAGGUCAGAGUUGAAAUUCCAAGAGUGACUUGCUCCCUCUCCCUCCCUCUCCCCCACCCGAAACCACCGCAAGUGGGAAAUGAAUCUCUUCACCAGCAUCCCUCUGGCCAUAGGGAUGGCAUACUUUGGACAGACUGCCAGAUAACACUCCCCACCCCCAUGUUAAGACACAUCUCUGGAUUCCUAGAGGGAUGGGGCAUAAUGGCAGCAAGAUGCCCCUAGCUCCCUGUGGGCCUGGGCGGGGACACUGACUGGCUGACGGCCAUCUCAGGAAGCCUCCCAUUAAAGCAAUUUAUUUUGUCACUGCUUCGAGUCUCAUAUAUCUUCCCUGGCUAUGGCUUCACCAAGAAUCCCCAGGCCUGGUCUCGGUGAGAUUUUCCAGUGAAUACACAUGUUAUCCUCUC